AAGAAGAAAGACGGAAGUGUGUGUCAAACAGCGGCAUGUUGUUGAGGAGAAUGUGAACUUCUCUCAUCUUCCCGUUGUAUAAACUUUCUGCCAUGACGUUUUUCUUCAGAAGAACAAAGUUUCACAUGUGAUUAAGUCAUUUCUCUUCCAGUCUGUGGCUUUUAUUCAUGGAAAUGGCGUCUGACAGACAUCACUGCGCGUGUUGCUCGCACCCAGCCUCCUCUCCCAGUGUUUACCAGACGAUACAUGAAAUGGAUUUUGAACGAGGUAUCUGGUCUGCUGCAGUGGAUGGAAACUUGGACAGGGUUGUGUCAAUAGUCCAGAAGGGCACAGACCCAAACCUGAGAGACUCAUCUGGAUACACAGCCCUGCACUAUGCAAGUCGAAGCGGUCAUUUCGCUGUAUGCAAAUUCAUACUUGAGAGCGGAGGCUGUGCGUCUCCCCAGACACCAGGUGGUGCCACACCUCUGCACAGAUCGGCUUACUGCGGCCACCUGGACGUGGUUGGACUCCUCCUGCGACACCAGGCAGAUCCGACGGUUUGCGACGACGACGGCGCGUCCCCUUUACACAAGGCUGCGGAACGGGGUCACGAGGAGGUGUGUCGGCUGCUUCUUGAACACUGUCCAGCACUUUGCAGCCAGAUGAACAAGAGGCUCCAGCUCCCCCACCAGCUGGCGCAACAGGGAGCUCUGCAGGAGCUCUUAAAAGCACCGCGGUGACGACGACGACGACCACGCUGAGUCUGGAACAUGCCGUGAUGUGAAGAUCAAAUGACGUGAAUUUAAAACAUGCCAUUUGAUGGCCACAUAGGUCACGGUGACCUGGAUGGGGACUGGAUUCAAACACAUUUUCCUCCAUUAAACAUCAGCAUUGAGCCACUGAAUGAAAGGUAAUGAUGUUGCGUAGCCCGCAACCGCGAACAUCACUCUGUUUCUGAAUAUUUGAUCGUUUGAUUUUCCUAUGCUCGGCAUUCAUUUCAAAUAACAUUAUUUAUUACACGUUUCCCUUUUAUUUCAAAGGAAUAAACUAAUAAUGAAGUUUCAUUUGAAGACGGUGCUUUAAUGUUUCUUUCAGAGACUCGCUGCCUCAUUUAACACGUUGGAUGUUAUUUGUAGUGCUUUGCAGCUGCACUGAUUUAGCACAUGUCAGAACAGACCAGGUUUACAUGUUAGCUACAGACAGACAGACAGACAGGAACAAGAUAAUGAUUUGAUUUUAAUGGCUUUUAUGAAUUAUUUACAAAAAGUGAAAUAUGUUGAGUCGACAGCAUCCUGUAUUCACCAGAAAAUCUCCCCUGCCUGGCGGUAAUAGGAUUUUCACAUCUCUGACAGCAGGGGGCGCCAUUGUCUCAUGAGCAGCACGUGUUUUUCUGGCACACAGCAUAUGAUGUUACUGGCAGCUCAUAAUGGUGACCUCAUUGGAUCCUGUCACUCAACUCAUUUUUUAUUUUAGAAAACAUAAGUAAGUGUUAGCAGGGAAGAAAAAGAAAAGUGCCCGUGUCAGCUAAUGGAAAAAUCAUGGACUAUUGUGGAUUAUUUGUAUAAUUGAAGCGAUCGUUAAUAAAAAAAAAACACAUUUCCUUCCUCUU